AUGCAGAGAUUUAAAGGGGUUUUUGCGGUCCUGGCCUGCCUGUUUCUUGGGACUGAAAACGGAUCAGCCUUCUUGCUGGAACGCGAAUGCGGAAAAUCAAAUCGUUCCGAAAAUUAUGGGCUGAUUGGUGGAGGUCAAUAUGCAGGCAUACUCUCGAAUCCAUGGAUGGUAUUGAUAAUAGUAAGGGGUAGUCCAGUUUGUGGCGGCUCUCUAAUCACUUCUGGUUUCGUUUUGACGGCAGCGCAUUGCAUAUCUCCUUUUUACACGACCGUGCGAUUGGGCGAUUACCUAACGGUGGAUUCUGAGGAUGAUUGCUCUAGGGGUGUUUGCAUACCAAGAGCCUAUAUUAAAAAUGUCGAUAUGAAAUUGACUCACGCAAAUUUCGGUACAGCCCCAUACAGUCGGUAUGAUAUAGGCCUGCUUCGAAUGGCUGAUGUGGUAAUGUUCUCAGACUAUGUCAGACCGAUAUGCCUCCUUCUCAAUGCAAAAAUGGAAGAUGUUUUACAAUUUAACGUCACCGGCUGGGGUAGGCGUGAAGAUGGUGAUAUGAGUCGCGUUCUACAAAAAGCAACUCUAUCUAGAAUUAACAGUUCAUACUGUGAAAGCCAUUUUAAUACGAAGACUGAUCAGACCCAGAUUUGUACUGACAGUUAUUCUAGUGAAACCUGCGAUGGGGACUCUGGAGGUCCUUUAAGCGCAGAGGUUUUAUACGAAGGACAACUUCGUCCGUUUCUGUACGGUGUGGUCAGCUCUGGAUCUCAAAAUUGUACAACUGGAGGUGUAGAUGUUCACACAAAUGUGGAAAAAUUUAUGGACUGGAUUGUGAGUGCUGUGAAUCGUUAUUCAUACAACUAA